CUCGUGCAAAUCCUCGUGCAAAAACCUGGUCCCCGUGCAAGGAUGAUCCUUGUGCAAGGAUCCUCGUGCAAGGAUGGUCCUCGUGCAAGGGUCCACGUGCAAGGGACGUUCCUUGCGCGAGGAUCCACGUGCAAAACUCCUGCUGCAAGGAUCCUCCUCGUGCAAAGUGCGUGUGCAAGGAUCCUCGUGCAAGGACUGUCCUCGUGCAAGGCUCGUUCUCGUGCAAGAAUCCGUGUGCAAGGGACGUUCCUUGCGGCAGAAUCUGUGUGCAAGGACCCUCCUCGUGCAAGGUGCGUGUGCAAGGACCCUUGUGCAAGGACCCUUGUGCAAGAUUCUGCCACGUGCAAGGCGGAUCCUUGUGCAAGAAUGAUCCUCGUGCAAGGAUUGUCCUUGUGCAAAGUGCGUGUGCAGGGGACAUUCCUCGUGCAAAGCGUGUGUGCAAGGAUCAUCCUCGUGCAAGGAUCCUCGUGCAAGUCGGGACAUUCCUUGUGCAAAGCGCGCGUGCAAGGAUCCUCGUGCAAGGAUCCUUGUGCAAGAAUUGUCCUCGUGCGAGGAUCCUCGUGCAACCUGUGCCCAUACAAAGCGCGUGUGCAAAGGUCCUCGUGCAAGGAUCCUCGUGCAAGGAACGUUCCUCGUGCAGGGCCUGCAUGCAAGGAUGGUCCACAUGCAAGGAUCCACGUGCAAGGAUCCUUGUGCAAAUUGCCCUCGUGCAAAGCGCGUGUGCAAAGCCCUCGUGCAAGGAUCCUUGUGCAAAUUGCCCUCGUGCAAAGCGCGUGUGCAAGGGCCUCGUGCAAGGAUCCUUGUGCAAAUUGCCCUCGUGCAAAGCGCGUGUGCAAAGCCCUCGUGCAAGGAUCCUUGUGCAAAUUGCCCUUGUGCAAAGUGCCCGUGCAAAGAUCGUCCUCGUGCAAGGAUCCUUGUGCAAAAGCAGAUGACUGGUAG